ACAAAAAAGUGUCAAGUAAACAACAAACAAAACACCAACAACCUACAAAAGUGCAAUCAAUCAUUAUCUAAUAUUGUAAUACAAAUUGUAUAAAGCAAACUCUCACAUAUACAAACAUACACACACACACACAUACACAUACCACAAAAAUCUACAAAAAACAAAACAUUUUUUGCAUAAUUAAAAAAGUUCAAUCAAUUAGAAAUACUGCAUACUUUUGAAUUGUUUGCAAGCAAAAGAAAAAGUCAACAACUACAACAAUAACCCCCAAAGAACAAUUGCAACAUAACAAGAACUUCAACAACAACAUAUCAUUUGUGUAAAUUGCAGAACAUUCAAAUUUAAUUUCACAAAAGGAAAAACAACAACAACAACAACAAAACACAAAAAUCAUCUCUCUCUCCACAUGCAAAAAGCGGCAAUUGUCAUAUAACAGAAAACUUAACAUACAGAAAUACAAAAAAACAAAAAAGGAGGCGCUUUAAAAAAGGCAUCAACUUGCAAAAAAACCAAACACCACUUUGAGUACAUAGAAUCUGUUGUUAUAUACUCAUACUUAUAUAUACACCAGGUAUAUAAUAUACAUACGAGUACUCAGCUACGUGUUUUUAUAUAGAAAAACCAAAAAAAAAACAGAAAAAACUUCAGCCUCUGUAUUGGGGUCGCCUCAUCAGCUGCAACAUCAACACCGACUCCCGGGCAACCCCCCAAGCCUGUGGUGUUUUUAAUCAACAUCGUUGCUUGUUAUCACCAAGGGAUUGGAUUUUCGGGGGGGGAGGGAUUGAGUGGUUAUCAAACUCACACUCACUCACAUAAUCCAAACUGCAUUAACAUCAAAAGCCUUUAAAAUCCACAACCUUUGUCGGUCCCUAGUUGCAACCACCAGCUCCACCAUUGUGUAACAAAAAACAACGCAUUUUUACAGCAAUUUUUUAACGCCAAUUCCCCGGAAGUGCGUAAAUAAGCAGUCAGCAUCAACCAGCAAGCGGACGCACCAAUACCCCCCCUCUCUACUUGCCUCCAAUGCAUUUUUUGGCCAUAGGACACCCGAAAAUCCUACUGCAUUAAAUUAAAAAUUGCUGAUUGCGCCUGCAGCAGCUCCAUCAUCAUCAUCAUCGUCAUCGUCAUCACAAAGCAGCCGAGCAAACAAAAGCAUCCUUUCACAUUAACGCAUUAACCGUGGGGGAAAAGGGACAAAAACGCAUCGUCGUCUACCACAUCCCAAGCCGAAACCAAGCAGUGAAAAAAACCUCUGGCUGUCCAAACUCAGUCUCAUUUAACCCACAGCCCACACUUGUGAAGUCCUAAAAAAAGGACAGUACAGUCCAUACACCGUCUGUUUGCCAUUAAAUCUUUGGGCAUUUACGCACAUUUCUGUUGUUGUUUUAUUCGAGAGUUUUAUGUUGCGUUUUGUUUUUUUUUUUCGUGCUCUCCUGUCGUUGCAUUGAGCUGUUGUUAACCGUUGUUAUAUUCACACACACACACACACACAAGCAAUUGCAUAGCCACAUAACAAUCAUCAUUCGAUUUAUAUAAACAUAUACAAAUGCAUAUAUGAUAUAAAAAAGGACAUACGCCAAUACUACUACCACUACCGCUGCAGCAUAAUCAUCAUCAGCCAGCGAGCCAGCGUGCCAGCCAGACGGACUACUGGGAGCAGCAUAGGAAAAUUGCAUGAGAACGCGUUUGUUUCAUCGAAAUUGUUGCGGAAAUACAAAAAUAUGAUGCUAUGCACAUCAGCGCCUAUGAAGCAUGCUUAGAAAGGGUCGCUGAGGAGUUAAUGGGGCGCAGGAAAUGGAAGCAAUAUCAAGAUACAUUAAUGCGAACCCACUUAAAUUCCGACCAAUUUGUUGCAUCAAUCGAAGACAACAAUAUCGAACUGAAGAAAGAGCUGGAUAAACACGAAGCCGUUGAAGCAGUCCCAGAAAUAGCCAAAAAUAAUACAAACCUCGAAGAAAACCACCGCAAAGAAAUCAAUCAGCAGGAGCAAGAGGAUAAACAUCACACAAAAAUACCACAAGAAGGAAAACAGGAAAACGUACAAGAAAAUAUAAAGGAUACAGCAUCACAACAACCAACUGAAGAGAUUUUAAAUAACAACAAUAACAAUUCAUCACAUAAAUCUGCUAAUCUAAACAGUAGCAGCAUCACAGAAUCAACAACAAAUCUAAAACCUGCCGAUAGUGCAACUGAACCAACAUCACCGCCAUCCACACCAUCCAUUGAACCCAUCGAUUGGAAGCCGAAUGAGAAGUGCAAUUUCUGCAUUAACGGCAAACUACUCACAGUGAACUCCAAGGGUGAAUUAGUGGCCGAAUCUGGCCCCAGCGGGUCCGAAACGGACCACAUAAAACGACUGAAUUGCGACAGCGAUUCCAACGAAGAUUCUUCUAAAUUGGCCACAGUCACCACUAAUGGUAAUACUCCAUUAAUGACUGUCGGAAGUCCAUUAACCGAUAAUAAUCGCUCGACUUUAAGUAAACUACUAACACAAGAUAUGACGUCAAUGGAUGCGGUGGCAGCCCGGAUUGCAGCCAUUCAAUCAAUAUUACCAAAUUUCAAUUGGAUGAAUCAGCAACAGCAACAAUCUCAACCAGAUUCGGUUACACCAACUACCUCAGAUACAUCAGCCGCCGCUAUCAGUCCUUCUCUAAAGGAUUCACCAAGUCCCAGUGAUGCUACCGGUGAACAACCUUUAGAUUUAAGUUCCAAACCAUCUCCGAAUUCAUCAAUUAGUGGUGAUUUGAAGAGUGUUAGAAUUAAAUCGUCACGUGCUACACCCGUUCCUUCAACACGUCGCACCUACAGCGAGGAGGACGUUAAUAACGCACUGGAGGAGGUACGCUCCGGUAGAUUGGGCACUCGCAAGGCGGCCGUUCAGUUCAAUGUGCCACGUUCGACGUUGCGCAACAAAAUGUACAAACUUACGAUAGAGGCGCAGCGUAAUAAUGAACACGACUCUGCCGAAUUAUUGCGCCUGCAACAGGAGCUCGAUAAGGAGAUGUCGGCGGACGAGGCCGAGCUGGAGAGUAAUGCCUCAACGCCUCAGCCCGAGGAUGAGGUGCGGCGCGUAGCAACGCCCACCAUGCUGAGGAAAUUAUGUUUGACCGACAAUGGGGAAGGUGAUGUGUCUGCAGAUCAUUUACUUAACUCACCCAAACCAGCCCAUUCCGAAUCGUCUAAGCCUCUAACAAAUGAUAUGGCAACCCAGCCACAAAUGCCCCCAAUAGAUGCCGCCGCCGUGAUGUUGAUGAUGAUGUCUGAUAAAAAUAUUCGUGAUCUCUUUAGUGCAUUGCUCUUAAAUUCCACCAUCAAUAUAAAGGACAUAUUGUUGAAUGCCACUUCGGGGGCAAAUAAUAGCCUUUUGGCCGGAACAUCUGCCGAAGGGGGUAGCAGCAGUAGUAAUAGUGCUGCUCUCAAUAAUGGUAACACUCAACAGCAGGACUACCGUCCAGUAUUGCAAAUGUUGCUGCAACAGCAGCAGCAUCAGCAAGCGCCAUUUGCCGCUGGCCGCCGUUUACCAAAGUCUGAUACACCCGAAACUAAUUCAUCUCUGGAUCCCAAUGAGUCGUGUGAUGAUCCCUCGGCGAUAUUAAAAAUUCCGUCCUAUACGCCAGUGGCGGGUACAUCGGGAACGUCCUUGGGUGCCAACAGUUCACGUGGAUCCCCAUCCUUGCACUGUCACAAUAGCAACAGUAACCAAAAUCGCAAUGGCGAUAGUCCCGCACCUCUACUAUUGGCCGCUGCAGUUAAUGCAGCGAAGAACCAACUAAGCGCCAAUAAGCAUGUUUCCGUGACGCCGCCCCUCUUGCAUGGCGGCGUUGACACACAAUCUCCACAGUCACUGAGAAUGUGUGACGUCAUUGCCAGUAGCAUACAACGUACCAUGAAUGAGCAGGCCAACAAAGAUGCCGCCCAGGCGUCUCUGUCUUUGCUGGGCUUGGCAGCGGCGGAAGGCGAUCGCAGCGGUAUUUCUGGCGUGGACUAUAAGAAACCUACCAUAUCAGUAGUUAAGAACAUCGGCGGCACGGAUACAUCACGCUUUGGAGCGGCACCGAAUCUCCUGGCAGCCGCUGCAGCUCACAAUUCACAUCACCAUCACCACCACCACCAACCCGCUCAUUUGCAUGCCCACCAUCUGAGGAGCCAGGAGGCAGCUGCUUUGGCUGCCGGCAAAGGCACCAGACCUAAGCGAGGUAAAUAUCGCAACUACGAUCGAGACAGUUUGGUCGAGGCUGUCAAGGCUGUGCAGCGGGGGGAAAUGUCCGUACAUAGGGCCGGCAGUUAUUAUGGAGUUCCACAUUCAACACUAGAGUACAAGGUUAAAGAGCGUCAUCUGAUGAGGCCGCGCAAGCGAGAACCCAAACCGCAAGCGGGCCUCGAUGGCACCAGCAAUAGUUCAAAAUCGAAUGCCAACAUUCCUGCAGGACUUGAGAAGUUGAAGACCGGAAAUGGUUCUAAUGCCAGCAUGAAACUGAGCGGCGGCGCUUUGAAAAAUAAUGGUGGCACUGGAGCACCAGCAUAUCCGGGUAAUGCCGGCAACGGCAUGAAACUACCUAUGUUCGAUCCCGCCUUAGCCAUGCCGCCCAUGUUUUGGCAACAUCCGCAAGCAGCUGCCUUCAAUCAAUUGCAAAUGGACUUCAACCGCAAUGCAACAGCCAACCCCAGCAGUGUUUCACCCGCGGAAGCCAACAAUGAAAUCCUCAAAUCCCAUAUGCAACGGUAUCAAGAGUGCACAGGUGUCGGUAGCAACACCACCAACUCCUCCAAUGGUCCCAGUCCCGUAUCAAGCCCCAUACUAUCCAGCCAUGAUAUCAACAGAGCGCGAGAACUCUACGAGACAAAUGCGGUCAAUGGGGCCACUUUCCUGGACGGCAUUAUUCGCAAAACGCUUGAUCGGAAGAGCAAUGACAUAAAUCCAAAUCCCAGUAGCAGCAGCAGCAGUGGGGGCGUGCUUUUGGAUCAGCUGCUGAUGAAGAAGACGCCGCUGCCGUUCACCAAUAAUCGCGUCGGCGUAGCGGACUUCAACAAUCUCUCACCCACUCACCCACAUACCAACAAGAGAUCCGGCAGUCCACUAUCGCUAAGAUCGGCAACGAUCAAACGCGAGCGCACCGAAAGUGGCAGUGAUGAUGAUGAAACCUCUCAAAGUGGUGCCGAUGAUGCCUAUGAACGGGAGAACAAUAACAACAGCACUAAAAGCGGCAAUGGGGGCCUAAAAACGUUAUUACAUCCACGCAGUCGCAUUGGUUCACGUGACUCGGCCUCCGAAACCGAUGCCAGCAGUCUUAAAAGUGAACAACUGCAGAUCAACAACCACCAUCAUCAUCACCUGCAGCAGCCCCAGCACAUGCAUGGUCAUGGUCACAACAAUGGCAGCAGUGCCGAUCUGAACGGUGGUAACCCUGCUGUGAAAACGGAAAUUCCUACACUCGAAUCUGGCACCUCCAUAUUGCAAGAGAAACUCUCACAGAUCAAGGCGGAGCAUCAGGAAACCGAAGAGAAUUUAUAGAAUCAAAUACCAUACGGUGGAGAUGGUGGCAGCGGCAGCAGCGGCAUAAUGCACUAUGCAGCUGCAGCGGCUGCUGCCCACCAUCAUCACUACCCGCAUCAGCAGCAGCACCACCACCGCCAGCACCAGCCACAGCAGCAGAACCACCUGCCAACAUGGUAUGAGCCACAUCACUACGAGGAGCAUCAUCACAAUCCAUGGAUGAUAACCCACGGUUCGGGUGUCAAUGAGAGCUUAGCUAAUAACUAUUACAGUUACUGAAAUGGUGUGUAACGGUUAAAAUAAACACACCAAAAAAAAAAACAAACAACUGGGAAGCGGGAAAACAAAAUGCUGAAACAACAACAAAUAACCAUAUGUAAAGAAAAAAAAUAUUAGCAAGAAAUUUAGUAAAAUUAAGCAAAAACAGAAAAACCCAAACAACACAAGAGAAUGCAAACAAUUUAAGCUAAUUGAGAGACAAAGAGCGAGAGUGAGUAGUAUAGAAUGCUGAGAGCAUCACAGGCUUGCAUUCAUUAAAUUGUCAAAUGUGUAAGAUGAUGAAUGGAAGAAGAAAUUAGUCAAAGUUCGUUGUUUUUUUUUUUUUUUGUUUAUAACUAUCAUUUUUUUAAUGUUGUUCUGUACAUUUUUAAAAAAUCCAUUUUUUCUUUUAAACUAAAUGCGAAAAAAACAACUAUUUUUUAACACACACACACACAGCCACACACGAACUUGAUGUGGGAUGAUGGGUUCAAUGUACAUAGAGGAUAAACUAGACACAUACAUACAUACAAACAAACACACACACAAAACAUAACGACAGUUUUUAAACAUUUUUUAAAGAAACAACCCCAAAUAGUUAAUAAAGUCAACUUUACAUUACUACAGAUUUAUGAACAACAGACAAACAACAGCAACAAACAUCAACACUAUACAAAUGAAAAUAACAACAACAACAACAGCAACAAAACCAUAUACCUACCUUAUAUAUAUACCUUAUAUAUAUAUAUAUAUAUAUACAUUGACGAUUUUUACACAGUAUUGCUAUACAUGUAUGCGUGUAUUUAUUAUCAAUCAUACAUCCAUGUGUACUGAAUACAAAAAUUAUCUUCGUUUAGUUUUCAUUUCUCCUUUUUUUUUGACAAUCGACAAAGCAAUAGGCACUUGUACAACAACAAGAGACAAACUAAUUAAAGCGCGUAAAGCAACAGAUUUGAACCAGAACUUAAUACGUACGACAUACAACAACAAUGCAACUUUAAACACCCAUGCAUACAUCCUAUUAACAGUGAGUGUCAUUUGAAAUCGUUUAGGUUUGCUUAGGUUGAAAAGAGUGUGUGCGGAUAUUAUUCUGCCCCAUGUCACUAUGGAUAUACACCAAUGCCAGUAAUCGGCUUGUUGCGCAUUAGAAAAAGUAACCUCGAAAAAGGAAAUCGAAUUCCGUACUAUCUACAAAAUCCCUAAUUGUUUUCCAUACCACGCCCCUUAAUUGGUUCAUGUUUGGUAUUGUGUCCCCAUCCACCCCUAUCGAUUCGAUAUUUCCAAAUAUAUAUAUAUAUAUCGAUACUAUCGCUAAUUUCCCAUCACAAUCUUUCUAACGAAAAUGAGAAGUAAAAUCAAUAGAUCGAUUUAUAUAGAAGCAAUACCAAUGCACAGACCGAAUAAAAUAAAAUUUAAUAAAGUCAGUUGGAAGUCAUAAGAAAAAUCAUUGUACAAAAUUUUAUCCCAAUCGGAUAUAAAUAGCGCCCUCUAUAGGUGCAACGUAUCUUAUAGGAUAGUCUCAAUGUCGGAACGCUUAUUUUUGUUUAAUUUUUGCAAACAAUUGAACUUUGCCCAUAAUUUCGAUAGGAAAAAUAUCUAUCGAUAUUCAGAUAAAAAAAAAUAUCGAUAGGAUGAACAGUGCCAUCGAUAUUUGCCAGCUUUAUCCGUUAGCCGCGAAAGCCGGGCAAUGACAUAGGAAAUGCUCCAACGUCUCAUCAUCUUCCCCACCUUUUAUUAGAAUUAAUGACAAACUUUAAGUGAUAUUGCUAAUUUCUAGUCCGUUUAACACAAUAUUUCAGCUACUCUAUAUGAUCUAGUAGGUCCUCGAAUGUUGGCAAACAACAAAAUUGGCCUAUUUUUCAAGUGUUUUUGCCUGUUAAGGCGGAGAUCAUUAAAUUUUACAAUUUUUGUUUGUUUCUCUUUCGAGCCGAGCUCAAUGACCGCAAAUUGCAAAGGGAAAAGGAAAGCCAAAUAGCAGCACACACCAACCACUAUGGGACGCGUUUCGUCUUUGGUUAGAAGACUUUUCAACCAUAUUAGGUGUGAUGACUUCAAGGCUAUGUCUCUGGCAGAGAAGAAUAUAAACUUUGGUUAACUUUUGCUUCACAAUUCGUUUUAUAGUUAUUCACCAUAAAGCCCAGUACCUGACAAGGUUCGGUAAUAGUGCUAGUCUGUUACAGACUCUUCUAGACAAUUUAUGGUUCAGUGAGAUGCUACAGUAGUGAUAGACCACAGCCUCUGAAGGAAACCUCACUUACAAGUGGUUAGAAGGCCUGAUGGUAAAUUGCCAAUAAUUUGGUUACACAAAUAAAGCGAUUUUAGGUCAUUCCGAUCGAAAAUAAUGGGUGUACAUGAGGAUGGGUCAAUUUGUAUGUAACCAGAAAACCCCAACCAAAAUCUUAUUCUGAAAUCAGAAUCGAGCUUUUGAAUUAUAACGACAAUGCUUGUAUUCGCUCGAAAAUAAUUUUCCCAUACGCAGAAAAUGAAACAUCUUUAGUUAGAAACCUUGGAUUUCGUUGAUGCGAAAUAAAGCGAAUAUCGUACUACAAGUGAAGGACACGUACUAGAAUGAGUAAUAUCACAAAUCCGAUAUUAAGCGAAUGGUUACAACUGUAAUUCUAAAAAGUAAGCUUUUUCUAUAAAAAUUUAUAUGUUGUCCACUAAUUUGUUUUAAAAAAUGUUUACUAAUCUACCAAUACCACAAGCAAAUGCAAGUUUUAAGAUUCCUUCCUCUAUCCAUCUACAUGUUACCUAUUGGCCGGCACUUAUUGUAAGAUUUU